AUGCCCGCGUGGACUUGCCUUCGACCAUCACUAUCCCGCUGUAGUCAUUAUCAAUGUCCGCCGAAUCUAUGGAAGACCUUCCCGCGUCGAAACCUCUGGAUGAACCUAUACUUGGGAUGCGUUUGUUCCUCCGCACGCGCGGAGGGUCCCAUGCGCACAAGGCUCUCCAUCAACGACCUCUACAGGCUCAUGCAGCUCUCGAAGAAGUACAUGGCAGAUGGUCUACAAUCGGAGGUCUCAGAACACCUCUGUAUACUGUACCCUUCCGAUUGGUUCGAUUAUAACUCCGACCGUCGCAAAGCUCCCAUACCGACAGAUCGACGCUUCAAUCAUUAUGACGCUAUCAACCUCGCAGAGCGCUUUGAACUCUUAAACAUCCUGCCCUGUGCUCUCUAUCUUGCGAGCCGAAGAGGACUAGAGCAGGUUCUCGACACGCCCAAGGUCGCACGCGAGGUUGUUCGCAGUAUCCAUGUAUUCCGAACUGAGGUCGAUACAUUCAUCUCCAAUCUCAUCAUCGAGGGAAAUAGAUUCGAACCUGAAGAUUGCCUUGACGUGGAUGGAUGUAAUGGCCCUACGUUCGCAAUCAUGCAGCGUAUAGCUCGAGCUUGCCGGACCCUUUCCUUCGACGUUUUUGAGGAUGGAGACCUCUUCGAUAAUGCCGACGUUCAGCCCAGCCCCUACCACCUCUGCGGCGCAUGCAGGAAGGAUCUCAAUUCCCAGCAUAGGACGCUGCAGGCCCUGAUGUGGGGCAGACUUCCGGACUUUUGCUCCUCAGGCUGGUGGUCCUGGCAGGAUAUUCCCAAGGCCCACGCCGCUAUUGAUCAAUCGUGA